UUCCAUGGGUCUCUAAUUUCCCUGCCCGUUCGAAUUCUCUCUUACCCAAAUCACCCCUUCUUCCCACUAUAAAUCUGCUCGUUUUCCCUGCUAUUCUUUUAUUUCCCUAUAAGCUCCGUUCUCCGUAGAGUUAAAUAUCAUAUCAUAUCAUAUCGGAAUCAAAUCAAAUUAAAUUAAAUACUCACAAUCACCCUCUCAAUCUCGUACUAGGCUUGCUAGCUAUAUCUUCCAAGGUUCUGUUGCUUAUAAAAAGUUGAAGGAUUCUGAAGUAUAAGAGUUUGUUGUUUGAUCUGUGUGGUUUGGAAUAUGGCUGGGAUUUGUUGUGGUGUUGUUGGUGACGCAGAGAAUCCAGCUACAAUUGAGCCAACUUCUUCACGGCCUUUAGCUCGCCGGAGUUUGGACCUCCUGCCGUUGAAAUACAUUGCCGAUAUGGCGGUUCCGCCGCCCGAGGGCAGCCGUAAGCGGCAGAAGCUGGAUCUCUCUGCCUCUCCGGCGAGGGAGUGCGAGAACGCAGUUGAGAGUUCCAAAUCAAACUCUAGUAAACUCAAAGAAGAGCUUAACAUCAAGAAGGAAUCAACAAAUCACGAAGCAAGUAGCAGUUCGGAAGUACCAACGUUAAUUUCUAAGGAGAAAAACGAGGUUGUUGAAGAGUGUCCCAAGUACGGAGUCACAUCGGUAUGUGGCAGGAGGAGGGACAUGGAAGACGCAGUUUCGGUGCGUCCCUCCUUCUGCCAAGUUCAAAACGGCACAAACACAAACGAUCAAAACGACGUGCCGUUUCACUUCUUCGGUGUAUAUGACGGUCAUGGAUGUUCACAUGUUGCAACUAUGUGCAAGGAGAGGCUUCACGGGAUUGUGAAGGAUGAGAUUGGAAAAUCUCAAGAGAACUUUGAAUGGAAAUCCGCCAUGGAGAAAAGCUUCACUCGCAUGGACGACGAGGUUCAAAGCUGGAGCCAUAGCAAUCAAACCUCCACAUGCAGGUGCGAGCUCCAAACACCUCACUGCGACGCCGUCGGCUCCACUGCCGUCGUCGCCGUUGUCACGCCGGAGAAAAUCGUCGUCUCCAACUGCGGCGACUCUCGCGCCGUUCUCUGCCGCAACGGUGUUGCCAUCCCCCUCUCCAGUGAUCACAAGCCGGACCGACCGGACGAGUUGCUCCGAGUCCAAAACGCCGGUGGGCGCGUGAUCUAUUGGGACGGUCCAAGAGUGCUUGGGGUGCUGGCCAUGUCAAGAGCCAUAGGUGAUAACUAUUUGAAGCCUUAUGUGAUUUCGGAACCGGAGGUGACGGUUACGGAUCGGAGUGAGGCGGAUGAGUGUUUGAUUCUGGCGAGUGAUGGGCUUUGGGAUGUUGUUUCUAACGACACGGCGUGUGGGGUGGCCAGGAUGUGUCUGAAGGCGCAGAAGCUGCCGUCGCCGCCGGGGUCUCCGGGGAGGGAUGUGGCGGCGGAUGGAUCUGACAAGGCGUGCUCCGACGCUUCGAUUCUUCUGACGAAGCUGGCUUUGGCGAGGCACAGCUCCGACAAUGUUAGCGUGGUGGUGGUUGAUUUGAGGAGGGAUCAACGUCAACAACAAAGUUGAUUAAAUUAAUUAAUCUUAGCGGACAUGAUUAUGGAGGAGGAAAAAAAUAUUACUACUAAUGGAACCGUCCAUGACCACUAAAAUGGGCAGUUUGUGAAUGAAUGGGCAUAACGCCUCCAUUUUACAGGAUUUAAAUAUUAACAGAAAGGGGGGAAAAUGGAGUUGUUAUUCCAUGUGAUAGUAAUGGUCUAAUGGAGUUUAAGUUAAUCUAGGUUUUCUGUUUUAAUUUUAAUUAAAAAGGGGGGAGUUUUAAGUUUCUCGGGGCGGGGGAGUGUCAAGAAAUUAUAGAUAAAAGUUUAGUGUAGUUAAAAAAAAGAAGUGUCACCCAAAGGGCUUAAGUAGGCCUUGUGACACGUUUCUGUGUUCGUAUGGCAAUUAGUGUACUUUUGCAUUCUA